UGAAGCAAAUGAGAACUCCAGUGAAAGCGAAGCAAAUCAGAACCCCUGUAAAAGCAAAGCAAAUCAGCACCCCUAUGAAAGUAAAGCAAAUUUGAAUGCCUGUGAAAGUGAUGCAAAUCCGAAUCCCUGUGAAACUGAAGAAAAUCUGAAUCCCUGUGAAAGUGAUGCAAAUCCACAUCCCUGUAAAAGUGAAAAAAAUCUGAAUCUCUGUAAAAGUGAAGCAAAUCUAAAUUCCUGUGAAAGUGAAGCAAAUAAGAACCCUCCUAAAAGCAAAA